GAUCCAGUUACUGCCCCUAGGAAGUCUGAUUGGUCUGUGUGAGUCUUGAUGUUACCAGCACAACAGAAUGGGUUCUGUGCUCUCUGGAAAUAGCAACAUGUGCAGAGGAUUGCCCCUGUCCCACUCCUGCUGUGACCACUGUAGGGGAACUUGUAGCACACUUCUCUCUGUCUGAGCCGCUUGGACUGAGGCUUAUUCAUUUUAUUCUUCAUUGUCGUUCCAUUUUACCCAGCAAUUCUGACAUAGCAAGCUGUGAUGUUAAAGAGCGGAUUAUCCACAUGGUUAUUGUGACUCCUAUGGACAUGUUUAGGAUCAGAAUACAGAAUACAGCUGCCUGUUUGGAUCUUAUUACACUGGGGGAGCAAACCCCCAUUCAUAUUGUCUGGUAUUAUCCUGGAGAUUUUGGCAGGGAUAGCUGGAAAUGCUGAUUGAUGAUCAAUGUCCUGUGAUGUCAUGAGGAUUUUGUGAAUGAACUGUACCUGGUCCAUCCUCUGAAGGUUCACAUUAAGGACCUCUACAACACAGCUAUUCACUAGACUGUUGUGAAAACAAGUAUUCAUCAUGGCCACUGACUGAAGAAUUCCUACUGAGCCGUCUGAACCAUUCUAGUCAAGUAUGACAUAAGGGUGCGGUUUACAGGUGAAGACUUCAGAAGUCCUAUUCUAUCAAAAGUCUGUGGACCUCUGUAAAAUGCGCCCAGCAGAGCAGACAUCUAGGUGUACAGACUUCAUUUUCAACAGAGGACUUCUGCUGCUAUUUUUCCAGUUCCAGUUCAUUGUAUCUUGCCCCAAAAGUUGCCAAUGCUCAGACAACAAUGGAGCCAUGGUGGUCCAAUGCAGUUCAAGAAACCUGGAUGAAAUACCGAUAGACCUUCCCAUGGAGACAGUUUCCUUAAAGCUUGAUGCAAACAGGAUUCAACAGGUACCCAACAACGCGUUUAAGGACUUGAGUCAUCUUCAGGAACUGGACCUUUCCAGGAACUCAAUUGAGAAAAUUGAACUGUCUGCUUUCAAGGGAGUUACUGAUGGCUUGAGGCUGCUGGAUUUGUCUGGAAAUCAGAUUCAAAGCAUCCCUAAAGAAGCUUUGGUCAAUUUAAAAGGCAAAAUACGCCUCUCUAAUAACCCUUUACAUUGUGACUGUUCUCUUCAGGAGAUGUUGAGGGAACUGAACUUGGACCCAGACACAGUCAAUGACAUUUCCUGCCACACUUCAGUACAGGAGGAGUAUGUGGGUAAACCUUUAAUCCAGGUCUUGGACUCUGGCAUCAAUUUUUGCAAUAUCCACCAUAGGACCACAGAUGUGGCCAUGUUCAUUACUAUGUUUGGCUGGUUUACUAUGGUAAUAACCUAUGUGGUUUAUUAUGUGAGACACAACCAAGAGGAUGCCAGAAGACAUUUGGAGUACCUCAAGUCAUUGCCCAGCACUCAGAUAUCCAAAGACUUUGAUACUAUCAGCACUGUAUUAUAGACAGCUGUUAUGAUGACGUUCUACAACAUGAUGUGGUUUACUCUAAACGUAUAGGGGAGAUUUAUCAAUAUCCCUGCAAGGAAAAGUUGCCCAGUUGCCCAUAGCAACCAAUCAGAUUGCUUCAAUUUUUCAGAGGCCUUGUUAAAAAUAAGAGAAAUCUGAUCUGCAGCCUUUAAAUUCUGGGGUGCUCAAAUCCACAAGAGAACAGUCACUGGCAUAUGCAAGAGAAGAUGAA